UUUGUUUAUGUUCCUCACUCCAAGGUGGAAUGUAUAAUGAGGUGUAGUUAUAGCGCUUUUGGCGAUCCCCCCCCUGGGCUCCGAUUUUGACAGAUGGUUUUCCGCUUGUAUAUGUAUUGAUGGAUUGUUUACGUUUUGCAUGGUCAAUAUUUGGUGGAGAUCAAUUUGGGUGAAUAUUUUAGUUUAUUAGAACACAGUUCGUAAUUUAAAAUGGAAAUUUUUCUUCGAGAACUUGAAGCGUUCGCCAAAAGCGGAAAACUAACUGUCAGUUUUCUUCGUCGAUUCUUCUUCCACCUAGCUGUCAAAACGGGCUUAUAACUUGACCUGAUAUCUUUACGGUCCUUGUCCUCACUCCCAAAACAGACCAUUUCGUGCGGUCAGCGAUCGCACUUUAGCAGAAUCGUGAAGGUUGCGUAACGUGGUCGACCAAAAAUCGCACCAGACAAACAAUCGUUGGGCAGUGAGCCAAUAAAUCCCCUUUUUGGCCUACCUCAUCCAUCCGGCAACACCCGUCGUGGCAACGCAAUGAACGACAUACGUCAGCUGAAGGACCAACAGCGCGACAAACAUCCAGGCUUUGAUUCGUACAUCGAGUGCAUGAGCCGGUCGUUGUUUACGGGGUUGGCGACGUUUUCGCUCGGGUUUGCCGGCAUUUACUUCCUGCAGCAAAUCGGCCAGCGCUAUCUGCCGUACACGAAGAAGGGCAACAUACUGGUGGCUACGCUGGUCGCAACCGGUGCCGCGUACAAGGUGACCUCCGACCGUACCCGUGCCUGCCAGGCCCGGUGGAUGGCCGUCGAGGAGAAGUACAGUGUGCUGCAGGACGCGAUCGAACCGGCUGUACCGUCGAAGGAGACGAUUGUUUAG